AUGAACACAACAGCGAAUAGAUCAAGUUCCUCUGGCUGUUCCAGUCUGGUAAAUCCAGAAGCACUAAAAGUUGGAGAAACAGUUGCUUAUAGUUUAAUUCUUGUAGUCUCGCUGGUUGGAAAUUCUCUCAUCGCAUUAAUUGUUUAUAAAACACCAACCUUGAGAAAACCGAUAAAUAUGUUGAUCGCAAACAUGGCCAUGUCCGACCUGCUCUAUCCAAUAUUCCUGUUCCCUGUUCGUCUGGCAGAGAUGCACGUUGGCUGGUGGCUUAUUGGUGGUACCCUUGGUCAGGUCUUAUGCAAGAUACACACUUUUCUNUUUUUUCAGACGCAACUACAACUUUUUUCUUGUAACUAUACCUGUUAUAAAUGUCAGGUACUAAUUAUUGCUAUUUCGUUUAGCUUGCUUAAGCAAGGUCUAAAGAACAUAUGUUUUUACCUUGCUGGUGGUAUUGACUCAAGUUAGCACGCCUGAAGAUGAAUUUUUUGUUGAUUGGCUAGAACUGGCAAUUAUUAGAGUUAUAUUUCAAUAUUUUUUUGCCCUUUGUUUUACAUAAUCAUCGGCUUCUUUCCUGAUACAGGAUGCAAAGCGAACUUAAUUUAAGGCGUCACUUGAAGACCUUACAAUGAACGAAGCCCGUUGUAUUUAUUCAUGUUUUUGGAAGCUGCUAAGACUUAGAGAACACACCUGUUGAGGAGUCAUCAGUGAGCAUGAACACAACAGCGAAUAGAUCAAGUUCCUCUGGCUGUUCCAGUCUGGUAAAUCCAGAAGCACUAAAAGUUGGAGAAACAGUUGCUUAUAGUUUAAUUCUUGUAGUCUCGCUGGUUGGAAAUUCUCUCAUCGCAUUAAUUGUUUAUAAAACACCAACCUUGAGAAAACCGAUAAAUAUGUUGAUCGCAAACAUGGCCAUGUCCGACCUGCUCUAUCCAAUAUUCCUGUUCCCUGUUCGUCUGGCAGAGAUGCACGUUGGCUGGUGGCUUAUUGGUGGUACCCUUGGUCAGGCCUUAUGUAAGAUACACACUUUUCUUGCUGAUAUUUCGUGGUUAGUGUCGAUUCAGAGCCUGGUUCUGUUAACAGUGGAUCGAUUUGGAGCUGUUGUAGUUCCACUCCGUUCACCCCUCAUCAGUCGAAAGUUUUGUCCCUUUUUUAUUGUCGCUACGUGGAUCAUUGCAAUGGCCUUUCAUUCGCCAUACUUUUUUGCUUUUAGACUGGUUGAAUACCCUGAGGGGAUGUUGUGCGAAGAUCUGUGGCAGGAAGUCUUCGGAGGAACAACAUAUGCAAAAUACCACCUAACAGGUGCUAUCGUGUUUAUAUACAUCCCUUCCGUCCUGGUGGUGAUACUUUACUCCAUCAUCCUGAUCAAGCUUAAAAAGCAAGUCCAUCCAGGUGAACAGUCAUCCAGUAACGAAGAACAGCGAGCAAGAAGGAAUAAGAACGUGCUAAAGAUGGCCAUUGCUAUUGUGUUGGUGUUUGUGAUUAGUUGGGUGCCUUAUCACACUGCCCAGUUACUUUUGAAUUAUGUACCGGAAAUUUCAUUUUUUUCGUCUUGCAGUUUUUUAUUAUACGCUCAUAUCACCUACUAUUUGGCUACCGCAAACUGUGCCAUCAAUCCCUUUAUCUGUCUUAUUUUGAGCAGCAACUAUCGUCAGGGUCUUAAGAAACUUCUAACUUAG